AUGAAGUUCACUACACCCUUCGUCUUGCUCCUUUCGGGCGUCUCGGCUAUUCCUACGAAGAGGAGCGAGGCUGGUCUUAUGAGCCGUGCGACUAUUCAAGAAACUACAGACGAACUUCUCUUCACUCUCACCCUGCCUCAGUUUACCGCCCGUCGCAAUGCCCAAAACCCGUCCACUCUAGACUGGACAUCUGAUGGCUGCACCUCAUCACCCGACAACCCGCUUGGGUUCCCCUUUGUGCCCGCAUGCAACCGUCACGAUUUUGGUUACAACAACUACCGAGCCCAGACUCGAUUCACUGAGAGCGCUAAGCUGAAGAUUGAUAACAACUUCAAGACAGACCUUUACUACCAGUGCACAUCCGUGACCCUCAGUUCCAUCUGCAGGGCUCUAGCUGAUGUCUACUAUGCGGCGGUGAGGGCUUUUGGGGGUAGUGAUGCCACGCCCGGCAAGAGGUCGACAGAUGAGUUGGUCAAGAUUUACGAGGAGAAGCUGGCCAUUUACAAUGAUCUUGUGGCGGAGGCUCGGGCGAACGGUGAUCUCCCACCACUUGACAGCAAGUGA